AGGGGGGUUAUAAGUAUACGUCCUGACGGGGAUAUGAACACAAGGCACCUGUUGCAGCUCUCCAGCCUCAAAACACGAGAACCUUAAGACUCGACUGCACCGAGUGCUGCUCUCUACAGACAUCCAGGAUGAUGAUGAUGAUGAUGAUGAUGGAUUCCUUUUUGUGCAAGACCCUGAUGACCUCAAUCAUCAUCUGCAUGGCUCUGCAACACGGCUGUGGACACCCCUUAUCAGACCGGCCGGAGCUGCCAGCUCAGGCUCCGCAUUCACAACAUGUCAGGACCAAGCGCUGCUCCUGCAACAGCUGGGAUGAUAAAGAAUGCAUCUACUUCUGCCACCUGGAUAUUAUCUGGGUCAAUACGCCGAGUAAACUUCUUCCGUAUGGUCUGGGAAGUCCCCUGUCUCGCCGCCGCCGCCGCCGCUCAACCGACCGUUGCAAGUGCACCGACGGGGCCGACAAAACCUGCUCCAGUUUCUGUCAAGUCAGCAAUCAGAAUCUGAGGACUGAUCCUGGGAGCCCAUUGGAAAAAUCUGAAAACGGAAUCAGCAACAAGUUGCUUGCGUCUUUCAGAUCUGUGGUUAAGUCCAACAUGGCCACCGCAAAAGGCAUUCCGUCACCGGACAAGAACACGGCUUCAGUCAACAGGCUCGAGAGCAGAACGAGGAGGUAGAGGACUGAACUAAAUAAGGAUUCAAACUCAUGGACAGGAGUCUCCUCCAGCGGCCUCCGGUGCCAGCACCAGUGUCAACAGCCUUAGCAACUCUGGGGAUGCAGAGAUGAAAAAGAUGCAAGGCACAGGAAGCAGUGGAUCAAGCAUCUGUUAAAAUAAACACAGCGUUGGAAAAUUUGGCAGCUCCCUAAGAUAGAAAUCCUUAUCGCAGAAGAUGGAGACAUUCACAGGCAUUUCUUGAACUCCUGAACUUUUUCUUCACCUCAUAACAGUCGGCACGCCAAGGAAGGAUCUUUCAACUCCAACGACGUGGGAACCGACUUCGGGACUGCAAGAAAAACUUGCAAUCACCCAAUGUUGACCAGCUAUUUGGUUACUCUGGACAAAGUUCUGGUUUGAUGGCUUCGUCUGUGAGGAAAGUUUAAGGUCCAGAACUCACGCACCCUGAGGAUUAUAGGAUUAUUACACAUUCCAGAGAUGUAUAAACUUGGAAGUUUAUUCAAAUGUCCUUGACACUAUAUGUUGCAGACCUUUGGUUUGGUUUUAACAUUCCUCUGUAUCAGAGCUGGAAUCUUGCCUAAUGUUUUAUGGCUUUUUUUAAUUAUGACGCUUUUUUUGAAAGUGGCAGCUUGAGCACUGCUGAUCAACUCCGCCACAGUGAAAUGAAGGUCACUUUAGGAUUUAUCUAACAAACAAUUGGCUUUAUACAAGGUCCAUUGUCAGCUCCUCAACACACUCACACACAUAGUACACUUUCUACCAGCAUAACAGUGACAGCGGGACUAUUGUGUUGGCUCAAGUGUUUUUUGCAUAGCUCCUCUUUAAUGUUUUGAUUGAAGAUAAGCCAAAUGUUUCAAUGAUGUGCAGCUUGCCAAAAAAAAUGCAACAGCUCUCUUCCUCCCUCUGACAAAUGCACACUUAACUUCUCUGCAUUAGUUCUGUAUCCAUUUACCCCGUCUGCCCUGUUUGGCUGCAGUCAUCAGGAACUGACGAGACCAAUCCACAUAAACAAAAAAAAAAACGUCAUUGUAACUUAGAAAAUAUUAAUCCUCCAUGCUGUAUAUGAUGGAAAGUUUAGAUGUUUACCGUUGAAUGAUUUAAUUUAUUUAUUCUCUAACUUAUUCUGAGAUGUAUUUAUAUUUGUGUGAACGAUGCACUGGAUUGUGCACCGGAGAAUAAAAGUGCAAGAACAAA